GUGGUUCUUGAGUAAUUCAACUUGGUGCUAGUACAAUGCAGCUAUCUGCGGCGCGUCAAUCUUGCGGGACCCUUAGGAGGGGUCCCCAGCCUCGUGCGGCGGGCGUAAGGCCGGUGAAUUUUGCUCGCGCCCCCGUCCACCGCCAGCUUGUUGUUCUACGAGCAGCUGAGGCACAGGAGGCGACCGUGGAAACUGCUGCUCCCGUUGAAGAGGUUACGCUUUCACCGCUUGAUCGGGCACGAAAGGCCUUGGAGGAUGAGACUCUGGACAAGAAUGUCCUGACGGUGUGCCUUGCGGAGCUGGAGGCUGAAAUGGCCCGGCUGCAGCAGGAGUCCUCAGCAGCCACGUCGCGGGCAGCGCAGCUGGAGGCAUCUGUGGCAUCAGCAAAGGACCAAUACCUGCGCCUCCAAGCGGACUUUGAUAACUUCCGACGCCGCACGAAAGAGGAGAGCGCGCAGCUGACUGACAGUGUGCGGGGCGAUGUGGUGAAGGAGCUGCUGCCGCUGGUCGACAACUUUGAGCUGGCGCGCACGCAGGUGAAGGCGGAGACGGAGGGCGAGCAGAAGAUCAACAACUCCUACCAGGGUCUGUACAAGCAGAUGGUUGACCUGAUGCGCUCGCUGGGUGUGGAGGCGGUUCCCACCCUGGGCGCCCCCUUCGACCCGGCGCUGCACGACGCCAUCAUGCGCGAGCCCUCCGCCACCCACCCCGACGGCACCGUGCUGCAUGAGUUCCGAAAGGGCUUCAGCAUCGGGGGCAAGCUGCUGCGACCGGCCAUGGUCAAGGUAUCGUACACGGAGGAGGGGCCGGCCAACAGCUCCGAGGAGUAGGGCGGUGGUGUGGUGUGAUGUGGUGUGAUGAGGGGGCGCAUGUGGUGUGACGUAUCGACACUGAUGGACUAUUCGCGGUUUGCUCUUGAAAGAACGAGGCCGCAGCAGCCUGGCUAACAGAGGGUAACAGGAGGGGCCGCUGCUACCGGUGCGGCUGCUGCUCUCACUGCGCAAGAGUGCGGUCAAGGGAGAGGGGGGGGUUCUGCGUCGUGCAGGCUUUGCUAGGGAGGCACGCAUGGAGGAAACGGGUUUGCUGCUCUGUGUGAUUUGCUAGAACACUUCCGCUUCCCUUUGUGCUGAGAGCAGCAGUUUGCGGUUCAACGGUUGCGGAGGAGGGAGGGUGCUUCACGCUAUGUUAUGAAAGCGGAUGUGUGAUAGGCAGCGACACGGGGGAGUACGGCACGGGGACGAGGUGUAGUACGGCACUGGGGACACGGUACGACGGUGGCUACCUUGUUCUGGGGUGCCUCCAGCACGCAUAUAUCGGUACGCACACGUUUUGGUUUUGAGUGUCGUAUCGUGCUUCUGAGGGUGUUGUAUGCAUGCCUCUGCACGAUUGCAGUUGUUGGUUUAAAAGGGUUUCACAGGUAGCUGCAGGUUUCUCGCUUGGUACAUUCGGAUUCUUGCAGGACGAGACGUGUCCUCUGAUGGGGAGGAGGAGGCCGGCAGAAGAUAAAAAGUGAUGUGACCCACGGGUCACGCUCUUUGUAAAGGGC